AUUCCUCUUCCGCGAACUUUUGUGAGUUGUUGAUGCUAUUGGAGUGGGGGGUGAAUGGGCAGUAUUGGUUCAGGUAACACCUGACUGAAGGCUGCCUUCAUCAGCAUCAUGACAGUACUAAGUGUGCUCCGCACUGCCGCCCGCCCGGCUCGGCUGGCCAUCACCCAAAACUCGCGGCAAGUCGCCAAAAUGAGCGAUCACCGGGCGAUGAACAUCAUCCCGUCGCGCUUCCAAUGGAACAAGUUCAAGGACAUGCUGCACCUGUACUUUGUGGGCGCGGCCAUCCCGCUGCUAGCCGGUAUCGGCAUCACCAACAUGAUGGUCGGUCCGGCCACGCUGUCCGAGAUCCCCGAGGGCUACGUGCCACGAGAGGACGAGUACUACAAGUCACCCAUCACACGCUUCCUGGUGCGCAACUUCACCCGCAACGAGCAGAUGGAGUACGAGAAGAAGAUGCAGUACAUCUGGGAGACCGAGCACAAACGGCAGCUUAGGCUGAUUGAGAAGCGCGUCAAGAAGCUGAUGGCCGAGCGCGGCGACUACAAGGCGUGGUACUACACCCCUCACAUCGCGCGCAAGUACCAGCGCAUCGUACGCAAGGAGACGGAGGAGCUGAUGGAGCGGCGACCAGCCGCGUAACCCGAGCCGCGCGCCGCGCCGGACCGGGCAGGUUGUUCAUGGUGUACCUACUGGACGUGUAGCCGGGCCGUUUUACUGGCUCCGUGUGUGCCGAGUGUUUUGAUGCAAUAUAUAGCUGAGACGUCGUGAUAA